AUGAACGGCGCACGCGAAGAAGAAACCGAAAAACAGCAACAACUCGAACUAUGUCCAUCUUUAUUUGGCCUCAAACGAGUCGAAGAAGUGGCGAAAAUCCAGGCCGAAAAAUUACAACAGCAGCCACGAAACGUUGAACAAGUUCUCAAUCGACGCGGAACUCCGGCUCGAGUUCGCAAGAAAAAUAAACUUUUCUAUGACGAUGACAUUUACAACGCAACGUUGACCAAAAAAGAGACCAGAACACCCGAUAAGAGACAAUCAACACCGAAAAUCAAAGCAAAAACACCUACGCCGUCUAAACGACCAGUCAAAAAAAUCGUAACACCUGCGAAACCUUUCAUUAUUACCGAACCUACUGCUGCAAAAAUAACUCCAACGACUAGUUCGUCUACCACAUCAGCUGAAAACAAAGUCAAUCAGAUUAUCGGCUUGAAGUUGCGCAAUUUGUUAAAAUUACCCAAAGCUUACAACUGGGUAUGUUCCGAGUGGUUUUACAGUAAUAUAGAUCGACCGUUGUUUUUAGAAAAUAACGAUUUCAACAUAUGCUUGAAAGAAUCGUUCCCUCAGUUGAAAACGUAUAAUUUGACUAGAGCUGAAUGGUGUAUGGUACGUCGAAUGAUGGGUAAACCGCGUCGCUGUUCGCAGAAUUUCUUCGCCGAAGAGAUGCGUGAAUUGGAACGUCGUAGGAGUAAAAUCAGACUUCUGCAGCAACGUAAAGCAUCUGAAAUCAGCACUUUUAAAAAUGUUCCCGACGAAAUCCCAUUACAGCCAGUCAUCGGUACCAGUGUGACGGCUCGUUUGAGAGUCCCUAAAAAAGGAUUAUUCAGUGGUAAAAUCGACGCCGUCGAUACGUCGAAUAAUACUUACAGAGUGAGCUUCGAUAAACCUGGAUUGGGCACGCAUUCGAUACCAGACUACGAAGUACUUUCGAACGAAACACCCGAAACAAUCUCGAAAUCAUCGCUGCUCCAAACCUUACGACCUCGUAACAUAAAUUCCAUUCAGUUAUCGAAUAAAAUGGUCCGCGAGCCUUUACUCACCAAUGACCUGAUGCUGAGUAUGUGCGCUUCCGGUAGCAAGUUGAACGUCGAUAAUGGUAUGAUUGGAGAAUAUCCGUGCGAACUGAUCAAGACAAUCGUCCGUUUGAAGAAAAUACUCUACGUUAAGAAAGCCCAAAUACAAAGUUUACGCGAAAUGAACGCCGAAACCGAACGAAUGGAUUUAUAUGGCCAACAAGUCACCGAAGAAUUUCAAACUCGUUACGCCGGAAACAUAAUAGCAUUAGAAAUAAUAAACCGCGAUCUGGGUGAAACCAUCAACUUGCUGAAUCAGCACCUUGAACAGCUUGGUCCCGAUGAAGCAGUCUCAUCUAUACUCUCUCCGGCCUAUCUACAAGAUCAGAGUUCAACUCUGGCCAAAGAAUUAGUCGAGAAAAAUAACACCGUGACCACUGAUCCUUCAAAACUAGUCGUUGAAGAUGACUCAAUGCUUGAACUAAUCACUGAUCUCACCGCGCUCAUGUUGCAAAUUAAAAGCUUAGCUGAACACGACUGUAAACCGUACGAAGUUGACGUACUAAAGAAAACCAUGAUCCAAAUCAAGCUCAAAUUGAGCCAGAGUAACCAAAAGGUAUUCGAAAGCUGCGUUGAAGUACACAUGCAGCAUAUACAGAAUGGACUAAGUGGGUAUAAAAGUUUUAUAACGUCGUCGUAACUCGAAAUAAAAAAGAGAGAAGUACAGGAAAUUAUUGAAAGAGUCAUUCAAUAGUACAAUUUUCUCACUUUUGAAUCGAUGUAUCAAUUUAGCAUGUAAAUUAGGUACUAACCUAUUUUGUUCUAUGUACAAAAUGUUUUAUUUCAAUUUUUGUGGUUGUAAUUUUUAAUGAUCACCAACGUUCAUAAUGUUUUUUAACAUCGUGUACUGUAUCAACUAAUUUAGUUCGCUUCUUCGUUGCAAUAAUUUUUAUUCCAAAAAUUGUCAUUUGAAUAAUUUGAAUAAAUGUAUUGUUAUUUGU